ACAAGCAACACUGCUGAUCCGUGUGCUCUAGUUUCACUUCCGUUAUUUUCCGCAGCACUGGACAGACCAAUUUGGUCGAACUUUUCGCUUGUGUCGAAUACACCAGGAAUACACAUCGCUUAUUCUCCGCACGCCGCGAAAACGCGAGUGUCGUAGUUACGUCGGCUUCGCGAUCAUCAUGUGGGCCCGACUUCGGACAGCAUAUUGUCCGCCCGCUCAAGCACUAACUUCGAACCAGCGAGGCACAGGUGUACUUCAACAGCAAGCUCCGAAGGGGCACGCCAAUCUACGGUCUUUGAAGAAAACCGCAGUAAAUUCGACGCUCUUGUGCAUCAGUGGUGGGAUCCGGAAGGCGAAUUCUCUGCGUUGGCGAGAAUGAACGCGCUACGCAUUCCUUUGAUCAGGGACGGUCUCUUGCAAACCCGAAAUUCGGCUGCAACAUCGUUCCCUGCGUCGAAAACAAAACCGCUUCUAGGGCUGAAGAUCCUUGACGUUGGCUGUGGUGGCGGGCUGCUUUCUGAGCCGCUUGCCAGGCUAGGUGCUACAGUGACUGGAAUCGAUCCCACACCUGGAAGCAUUGAUGUUGCCAAGGCACAUGCAGACAGAGAUCCUGAAAUUAGAGACAGCAUUUCGUAUGAAGCGACUGAAAUCGAUGCUCUCCUACAACGUGGCAUAAAAUACGACGCAGUUGUAGCCAGCGAAGUUGUUGAACAUGUUCAAAAUUACUCGAGCUUCAUCAGGUCCUGCGUCGAGUUGACAGAGGAUGGUGGUUCCCUCUUCUUCACAACCAUCAAUCGUACAGUCCCAUCAUAUUUAAUAGCAAAGAUUGCAGCAGAAUACAUAUUUCGAAUUGUGCCUCCUGGCCUCCAUGACUGGAAGAUGUUUGUACCACCAGAGCAGAUGGAAGAAGCCCUUGAAUCAUGUGGCUGCUACGUGCGACUCAUCCACGGCACCAUGUACAACCCCCUCACUCGUGCCUGGAGCUGGGCAGACUGCACGAGCUUGACAUACGCGCUUCACGCCGUAAAAGAGAGAGUGUGAAAACAUGUUAUACCCGUUGCCGAUAAGAAAAUGUGUAGAGGAAUGUUCGCAAAAUAAAGCUUUACGUUUUCCUGCUUGUCGUUCCUUCGA